GUCAGGUAGUCUGGGAAACCCCACCACCCUCACUUCCCAACGCUACCGGGAGGAAGACUGGAGAACUUCUUUCCCAAUAGCCCAGCCUGGGAUCCCUGGGCAGGGUGGCCCCUCUUGAGGGCUCUGAUGCCUUGUUACCAUCCCCCCAAUCUUCCCUAUGACCCCUUGACAUCCUCAGCUCACCGUGUACUUGGGCAAACGGGACUUUGUAGAUCACCUGGACAAAGUGGAUCCUGUAGAUGGUGUGGUGCUUGUGGACCCUGACUACUUGAAGGACCGCAAAGGUACUGGCCCCCAGGGGAGGUAGGAGGUAGAGAAGUGGAAUGGGCUGGCACUGGAUGGGUGCCCCAGAGAGAUGGAGGGCUGAGGCGGGAGCCAGGAAUAGGAUUCAGGCAAGUCUUGUGCUGCUGAGGGAGGAGCAGUGGCUGCCAGGUAGUGAGGGGAUUGGGGAAGGGGGGCUCCUGACCACCCCACCUUGCCCUCCCUUGCCAGUGUUUGUGACCCUCACCUGCGCCUUCCGCUAUGGCCGCGAAGACCUGGAUGUGCUGGGCUUGUCCUUCCGCAAAGACCUGUUCAUCGCCACCUACCAGGCCUUCCCCCCAACGCCCAACCCCCCCCGGCCCCCGACCCGCCUGCAGGACCGGCUGCUGAGGAAGCUGGGCCAGCAUGCCCACCCCUUUUUUUUCACAAUACCCCAGAAUCUGCCCUGCUCCGUCACACUGCAGCCAGGACCAGAGGACACAGGGAAGGCCUGUGGUGUAGAUUUUGAGAUUCGAGCCUUCUGUGCCAAAUCACUAGAAGAGAAAAGUCACAAAAGGAACUCUGUGCGACUGGUGAUCCGAAAGGUGCAGUUUGCCCCAGAGAAACCUGGCCCCCAGCCUUCAGCUGAAACCACACGCCACUUCCUCAUGUCUGACCGGUCCCUGCACCUUGAGGCUUCCCUGGACAAGGAGCUAUAUUACCAUGGGGAGCCCCUCAGUGUCAAUGUCCACGUCACCAACAACUCCACCAAGACCGUCAAGAAGAUCAAAGUCUCUGUGAGACAGUGCGCUGACAUCUGCCUCUUCAGCACCGCCCAGUACAAGUGUCCCGUGGCUCAGAUCGAACAAGAUGACCAGGUAUCUCCCAGUUCCACGUUCUGUAAGGUGUACACCAUAACCCCACUGCUCAGUGACAACCGGGAGAAGCGUGGUCUUGCCCUGGACGGGAAGCUCAAGCACGAGGACACCAACCUGGCUUCCAGCACCAUCGUGAAGGAGGGUGCCAACAAGGAAGUGCUGGGAAUCCUGGUGUCCUACAGGGUCAAGGUGAAGCUGGUGGUGUCUCGAGGCGGGGAUGUCUCGGUGGAGCUGCCUUUUGUUCUUAUGCACCCCAAGCCCCAUGACCACAUCACCCUCCCCAGACCCCAGUCAGCCGCUCCAGAAACAGAUGUCCCCGUGGAUACCAACCUCAUUGAAUUUGAUACCAACUAUGCCACAGACGACGACAUUGUGUUUGAGGACUUUGCCCGGCUCCGGCUGAAGGGGAUGAAGGAUGACGACUACGAUGACCAAUUCUGCUAGGAAGGGGGGCUAGAAGAAGGGAGUGGAUGGUGCUGGGAGAGGUAGGGGCAGGACCAAGAUCCCCACUGUCACUGAGGGGAGGUGUCCCAGCCUCUCUUCCCUUCCCCUCCAUCCGGCAGCUUCCUCAACCAACCCCUUCACUCCCUCUCCCCCAUCCCAACAUACGCACUGGACCCGUCUCUUGCUGAACGUGGGCAUUAAUUUUUUGACUACAGCUCUGCUUCUCCAGCCCCCCAGUGGGUGGCAAGCUGUGUUCAUCCCUAAGUUUUUUGGAGGGGGACACUGAAAAGAGAAGUGGUAGUAGGGAAAGGGGGAGAAAGAAUUGCCACAUUCAACCUCAUACCAACACCCACUCCUGUCACUCUGCCUCCCAUUCGAUAAGACCCUUGGGGAGGGCAAGGCUGUUUCUUUGUUUCUGAGCAUAAAGAAGAAAAUAAACCUUUUAAUAGGCGUGA